AUGCCCAUACAGCCGAGCAAGCUUGUCGUUUCGAAAACGUCUUCUCCAGGGUCUAUGCCUCCCCUUGACACGCUCAAGUUUGGCAAGAACUUCACAGAUCACAUGCUGGUAAUUGAAUGGACGCAAACCAACGGAUGGGGAGUACCUGAGAUCAAGCCCUAUGGUCCCAUAUCACUCAUGCCAUCUGCAACUGUCUUCCACUACGGUCAAUGUCUAUUUGAAGGAUUGAAGGCAUACCGCGACAAGAAGGGCCAUGUAACGCUCUUCCGCCCCGACCUCAAUAUGCAACGCAUGAACCGCAGUGCCGAACGCAUCGCACUACCGAACUUCGAUGGGGAUGCUUUGUUGGAGUGUAUGAAGAAGCUUAUAUCUCUCGAUAAAGACUGGAUUCCUCAGAAGGAUGGAUACAGCCUUUAUGUACGGCCUUAUCUGAUCGGCACCCAGGAAUCCGUCUCGAUCACCCCACCCGACCGUGCCCUCCUUGGUGUCAUUUUAUCACCCGUAGGACCUUACUACCCCGACGGCUUCAAGCCUGUGCCGUUGCACGGUACUACGGAGUUCAUCCGCGCCGCGCCGGGCGGCACGGGCGCGUACAAGAUUGGCGCGAACUACGCACCAGCUGUGUACGCUCAAAAGGCGGCCGCGCAGCUUGGCUACGUGCAGAACCUCUGGCUCUACGGACCGGAGCACUAUCUGACUGAGGUUGGCACGAUGAACCUGUUCGUUGUCUUCCGCCAGCCAGAUGGCACGCUCGAGCUCGUCACCCCACCGCUCGACGGCAUGAUCCUCCCUGGUGUCACGCGCGACAGUGUGCUUUCGCUUGCGCGCAGCCAUGCUGCCGGCUCUUUGAAUAUUCCCGAGCUUACUGGUAAGCUCGUGGUCAACGAGCGCGCCGUGACGAUGCCCGAGGUGCGCGAGGCCGCGCAGGCCGGAACCCUCGUAGAGAUGUUCGGCUCGGGCACCGCCGCUGUCGUCUCGCCCAUUGACCGUGUCGGGUACCUCGGUCAGGAUGUCCACGUUCCUGUGGAGAGCGAUGGUAUGGGCCCGGUGAGCAGGCCCAUCUGGCGUGAGCUCGUGGGCAGGCAGACGGGCGCUAUCGAGAGCGACUGGAGCGUUGUGGUGGAUUAG